GAUUGACAUCUCUUGACCACCAUUUGUAUCUUGUAGCCCUCAGGUUGCUCGUUUCACUCGUCCCAGGACCAUGAUUAUCGCCGGCGAACAAGCUCUGGAUCCCUCCAAGUUAACCCCUGUCAACGAUGGAAAGGCAACAGCACGCACUGAAGAUGGCACCCUGAGCGACCUCCCGCCAGCUUACAGCCAAGUUGCUUCCUCAUCUCAACAACCCCUAACACGGCAUCCACGGACAACCAACUAUCUCUACAUUUCGGAACAGUACAAUAGUCUCAAAGGCUCGUAUGCCAUUGACCCGUCCAUGUCCAUUCCUUCCUCUGUUUUGCCCAAACUUGAGGAUGACGAGACGGAGCUGGACCGCAAGAAUUUGCGGCUGCGGACGGGGAACGGUAGCAUCAACGUGGACAUCUUACUCGUGUCGCUACAGGGCAGUGCUGCUCCAGACGACAUCACGCGGAACCGUGCAACACUGGAAGCCUCGUCUGAAUAUGGCUCCGUGAACAUUCGGCUGCGAACCAGCGGCAGUGUCCCACCCUUUCACCUGAAGGCACACUCCUCCACUGGGUCACUCACGAUUAAUAUUCCGCGCUCAUUUCAUGGCUUCCUGAAACUCAAGAAACAGUACAGUUCCAUCAAGCUCUCCGACGAGCUCGCUGCGGAGAGCACCGCGCUCAGUGCCGUGGACGGCGUCAGCAUGUGGUUUAUUGGUGACUUUGCGUCAUUUCAGGGGGAGUGGGAGGGUGAUGAAGUCGAGGCGGAUACGGUUCAUGGCAGCAUCAAGCUGCGGUAUGUGGAUGAGAAGGAGGUGGGGGCCGCGAAGUCGGGUUUCUUCAGUCGAAUCUUUGGGCUGUAGCAUUAUUUUCAAGGUGUAGUUCUUAUGAUACCCCUUCGUAUACUUCACGAAUGAUCCAACGUCACUAGCAGAAAUCAAACCUUC